AUGGAAUCCACACACCCGUCGCUGGGCGACACGAAAAAGGUUGCCAUUGGCACCGUCGACGAGCCCAACAAGCUUCAGAGCUAUGCAUCGGCCCCCGGUAUCGUCGACGAAGUCACACGCGUGGUCGACCACAAGGCCGAGCGACGUCUCUGCCGACGGUUUGACUUGCGUAUUCUUCCGAUUCUAGCUGUUAUGUACCUCUUCGUGGCCCUGGAUAAGGGAAACCUGGGAAAUGCAAAGACGGACAGAAUGACCGAGGAUCUCCAUUUCAAGCCCAAUCAGUAUAACUUGCUGCUAUCGAUCUUCUUCGUGCCCUUCGUGAUCUUCGCCCCGCCCUUCGCCAUGCUCGGAAAGAAGUUUAGUCCCGCUCGCGUGCUGCCGAUAUUGAUGCUUGCGUUUGGCUCAUUUACCCUGCUGUCCUCGGCUGCGUUUAACUUCGGGGGCAUCUUUGCGCUUCGCUGGUUUCUGGGCAUGGCUGAAGCCCCCUUCUUCCCCUUGGUCAUAUACUACCUGACCACCUUUUACCGUCGCGGUGAGCUGGCUCGUCGGCUGGCCUUCUUCUACGCCGCCUCAAACAUUGCCUAUGCCUUCUCGGGCCUGAUUGCGUUCGGCGUCUUCCAGAUCGAGGGCUCGAGUCUCCCCAACUGGCGCUACCUGUUCAUCAUCGAGGGUGGUGCAACAGUCGUCUUUGCGGUGUUCGCCUGGUUUUACCUCCCCAGAAGCGCGGCCGAAGCUACGUUCCUAUCCGAAGAGGAGAAGGCGCUAGCUUUCCAUCGUAUUCAGGUGGACUCGAGCGCGGUGGUCAAUGAGGAGUUCAGCCUACGCGAGGCGAUCGGCAUUUUCAAACAACCCACCACCUACGUUUUCCUCUGCAUUGAAAUCUGCCUUGGUGUUCCAUUACAGGGUGUGGCGCUCUUCAUGCCUCAGAUCGUGGCACGACUCGGUUAUUCGACCGUGAAGACCAAUCUCUAUACCGUGGCCCCGAAUGUGACCGGCGCCGUAGUGCUCCUGAUUCUCGCCUUCUGCUCGGAUUACAGUCGUCUACGAUCGCCCUUCCUGGUGCUAGGAUUUUUGCUCACCUUUACCGGCUUCAUGAUUUAUGCCUCCAUUGACGACGUCCACAAGGAGCUCCAGGUGGCAUACUUUGCGACCUUCAUGAUGACCUGGGGCACUUCCGCGCCGUCGGUAAUUCUGAGCACCUGGUAUAACAAUAAUAUUGCGCACGAAGGCCGCCGUGUCCUCCUGACCAGUAUCGGCGUGCCUCUGGCCAACCUGAUGGGUCUCGUCGGCAGUAAUGUCUUCCGGGAGCAGGAUGCCCCCAAGUACAUGCCAGCCCUGAUCACCGUCGGGGCCUUUGGUGCCACCGGGGCGUGUUUAGCGGGUCUGUUGGGGCUGUAUAUGCUGCUCGACAACAAGCGCCGCGACCGCCGUGACGGGGUGACGCUCCGUGCGCGGGAUAUUCCCACGGAAUGCAUGCGUGAGGGUCCUUCGUCCGCGCAAUUUAGGUGGCUCAUAUGA